GGAAGUCAGUGGAGGAGGACUGAACGGUGGGGACGUACUCGUUUGACUCGGAAAAUGAACGUCCCUAGUGUCCUCAUGGCGGGAGGGAGGUGGAGAUUUUUUCCAGUACCAUUAGGAUGGUCCUCCUUCCAGGCCCUACAUAAUUCCUGCUGUCGGAAAAAAUCCACCGCAUCCAAGAAAAGUAUUCCCGACGUUGCUUCUUGUGACAAAACGACAAAGGAGUCUGGGAAGGCCCUUGACAAGCUCUUCUCUUCGGAACAACAGGCUUCCAUAUUGCAUGUGUUGAAUACAGCAUCUAAUAAUGAACUCGAAGCUUUCAAAUUACUUCGUGGAAGAAAGUCCCUCAAUCUUGUAGAGCACAGAAAAAAGUUUGGGCCAUUCCAGAAUUUGGAGAGUUUAAUGAAUGUGCCCUUGUUCCAGUAUAAAACUACCGUUCAGAUUUGUAACUCCAUUCUUUGUCCAGAGACUGAAGUGAAAAAGAAAAAGUCACAGGAAAACCGGCUCUUGAAAAAGCUCCUCAAACCAGAAAUAGAAAGAGAGAGACUUAAGGUAUACAUACCCUUUUUUAUUCAUGUCGAUUAUACUGUCUAAAUAUUUGAGAACCUACUGUGCAAAGAACUAUUCUGGGCACUAAGACAGGGCUCUCAGGCAGCUUAUAGUUCAGUUGGUGGGUUCAGUGAUACAUUUAUUAAUAGAUAACCCACUAUACAAAGUAGUAUGUGAUCGAUACCAAAGAAUGAGAUAUUCAAAUAGUACGUGAGCCAUUCCUUCAGAGGAGAGAACUGUGGGCUGUAACUGUUGGGGAAAGUUUACUGGGAGAACUCAACUUGUAUCUUUGAGGGAGAGAAUUAGGCUAGUGGGAAGAGGAGGGCAUUCUAGGAGGCAAAACAGCGAUGUAGAAGUAGGUCUGUGCAAAGUUUAUUUAAAAGGAAUGUUGAGAUAUCUGGCUGUAUCUGACAGUUAUGUUAGGAGUAAUCAGAAAUUAGGAUGCAAAGAUGAGCUAUGCCAAAGAGUGACUCUCGAACGUCUUUCCAGCAGCAUUUAAAGUUA